UCCUGUUACAUCUAUUAAAAUAUACCUCUCAAGAAAAUCAAGAAGAAAAAACUCCAUCAUUCACAUGGGUUCUCCUUUCUUUCUAGGAUUGGUAAUUCUGUCAGUUGCAUCGGUAAAAGCUGAAGCUGAAGGGAUCAAAUCAGUUCGUCUUCUUGAUCUUGUCAUCAGGGACUACACAUUCAAGUCCUUAGACAACCACUUGAGGACGGGAACACUUCACAAUGUACAUUUACCGGCAAAUCUCUCCGGCAUCAAAGUGGACACAGUGAGAUACAGAUGCGGCAGUCUACGAAGAUACGGCGCACAUGUAAAGGAAUUUCAUAUAGGGAUUGGUGUAACUGUGCAGCCAUGUUUGGAGAGAGUUAUGGUAGUUAGGCAAUACCUUGGCUAUAACUGGUCUUCUAUAUAUUAUUCUAACUAUGAUCUAUCCGGAUAUCAACUUGUGUCACCUGUUUUAGGCCUCCUAGCUUAUAAUGCUGGUACCAAUAUCGAUUUCAAUAACCGUUUUCAGCUUGGAAUUCUUGCUAAUCAAAAGCCUAUCAUCAUAGACUUCAGAAAUGUUACUGCAGCUAGAGUCUCCAAUGUGUCGGGAAUCAAACCAUUGUGUGCUAACUUUCAAGGAGACGGGAAAGUGAUACUCACAAACCAGGUAUCACCCUUUGUUUGUGUUGCAACAAAGCACGGCCAUUUUGGUUUGGUCACGGCUCGUCAGCCACCGCCAACACCACCGCCGCAACCAACCGAAUAUAGUAAGAAGAAGAUUAGCCGAUGGAAACUUGCAGUGGGGACUUCAGUUGGCUCUGCUGUGGGUGCAUUUCUUCUGGGAUUGCUCUUAGUGGCAAUGUUUGUUAAGGUAAAGAAGAAGGCAAGAAUGGAGGAGUUGGAGAGGCGGGCUUAUGAAGAAGAGGCUCUGCAGGUUUCAAUGGUUGGGCAUAUCAGAGCGCCGACAGCAUCAGUUACAAGAACAUUUCCAACAAUUGAACAUGAGUACAUAUCUUGCUCUUGAUUUUUUUUUUUUUUUUGACUUAUCUUAUAUAUGAUUAUUCUUUUUGUAACAUUAGUUGAGAAGAAAGAAAUCAGGGACAACUCUGUUUCUUGAUCUCUGAUUAUUCAUAUUUCUUAUGUCUCAGGUUUGGAUUUCUUUUUCUUUUUAGUUUCUUUGGUUACUGAAUCCACUUUGAACAG